CUCCUCCGCCCCCUCUAUCGUCAAACUACCCACCCCCCAAAAUUCAUCACUCUCCAUCGGACACAGAUAAAACUCUUCUCCGACUUUACUUCCUGAACUUCUCCCCGGCUUCCCUUCCCCCAACGUCUCGCUCAAUUUCCUCAGCCCCCACUUACUAUGGCUGCCGCGGCGACUGAGGAUCCCACCGGCGCGGCCGAAGGAGGCACUGCCGCCGUCUCUUCAGUGAUCGACGAGAUAUACGAGUUCUCCGCUCCCAGGUUCUUCGGUUUCACUAAAGCGGAGUCUAAGGAAGAUAUGAGGAAGGCGGAGCUCUGGUUCGACACUGCUCCCAGUCACGCCCCUUCUCGUACGUUUCCUCCCUCCUUACAAUUCUCUCCAACUCUCCCACUCUAUUUCUUCUUUUAUCGUUCUUGGAUUAGUCGAAAAACACAACAAUCAUUGCUCGCACGCUCGCUCAGUCUUCAGGAGUUUGUGAAUUCACUGAUUGCUCCUGGUUUGCUAGGUUUGGUGUGGUUUCAAUUUGAAUUCUUGAAUUAGGGGUUUGUGAAUUCACUGAUUUUGCUCCUGGUUUGCUAGGUUGGGUGUGGUUUUAAUUUGAAUUCUUGAAUUAGGGGUUUACUGGUUAACCUCAAGGGUUAGGGUAAAAAAUCGCAGAAGGCUCUGUACCGUGUCUUGAUGAUUUUGUUGUUCUAUGAUUCGUUUUUGCAGUUUUUAUGCCAAGAAUUAGGACUGGCAGGAUCACUCAAGGUUAAUAGCCUGUGUGAUUUUACUGAAGCUGACCAAAUCCCCAAGGUAGGUCAUUAUUUGAUUGAGAUUCCUUCACUCGUUGAUCAAGUGAUUAUUAAGCCAAAUUGACUGUCUAUAAGGCUUCAUGACGUUCAUAUUCUGUAAUAGGCUGCAGAAUCCUCAGAGUCAACUGCUGCUGAGAGAGAAGACAAGCAAUCAGCUGAAACAAGGGAAGCAGCAGCAAACAAGGAAAACAAUGGCUGCCAGGUGAAUGUGUUACCUGCUGGCAAUGAUACUUGCAAGGGCGUUGUGGAGAGAGAAGGUUAUUCUCUUCUUUGAGCAGAAAGAGAAAGCAACUAUUCAUAAGCAAGAACAUGCAAGGUUCACCUUUCAGUUACCUGCUGGCAAUGAUACUUGCGAGGGCGUUGUGGAGAAGGCUAUUCUCUUCUUUGAGCAGAAAGAGAAAGCAACUAUUCAUAAGCAAGAACAUGCAAGAAUUACUUCCAUGAAAGUUGAAUCUGCUGAAGUUAAAGAGCAAACCAGCACCGAGGCAUGCAGCACGCCGCAGCCAUCAUUGCAUUCACAGAAAGGAGGUGCAUUGACGGGCUCCAAGAAGCAUCAAUCAGCCAGGCACAUAGCUAGUUUGGUUAAGAAUCCAUCAGUGCUAAAAUCCAAGAGUCAAGCACAAUCCUCCCAGGUCAAAGGUGUCAAACCACAGUCAAGCCUGAAAAAAGGAGGUAAUAAUAAUACAAACAAUCCUGCUGGAGCUUUCUCCUUCGCACAGGAGAACCAGGCCAUCAAACGGCAGAAGCUUGAAGACGGGAAAUCCAGACAGAUUCUUAAUGUUAGACCCCCACAACCAUUACCCCACAAGUCCAAGCUGGGUCUUUCAACUAGCAAUGCAAACUGUGUAGCUAACAGAACGCAGAAAGAGGAGAGAAAGGUUUACGUUCGGGAAACAGCUGUGCAAGCUCCUUUUGUCUCGACGGCAGAAAUGAUGAGGAAGUUCCAAACCAGUACUAGGGACUUGUCUUUACCUAUCCCACAGGGGAAACCUAAGCUCACGCUUACAAGGCCCAAGGAGCCGGCUUUUGAAACGGCUCAGAGGGUCCGUCCAGUCAGAGUUAAGAGUAGUGCGGAGCUUGAAGAAGAGAUGUUGGCCAAAAUUCCAAAAUUCAAAGCUAGGCUAGUAAACAAGAAGAUUCUGGAAGCUUCAACUCUACCAAUAAUACCAAGAAGUACACCACAGGCACCUGAGUUUCAGGAGUUCCAUCUUGAGACAGCAGUUAGGGCUACUCACAAUGCAGAAUCAGCAUCAGUAGCCUCAACAGAAGUUUCUCGUCAGAACAAUGAAUGGAAGCCUCAUUGCACCGAACCUAAAACUCCAUUGCUUCAGACCUCUUUGAGAGCUCGUCCAGUAAAGGUUAAAAGUACUCUUGAACUUGAGAAAGAGGCUCUCGAGAAGAUUCCUAAGUUCAAGGCAAAGCCUUUGAACAAAAAGGUAUGGUAUCUAACUUGAUGGCGUCCUAAUUCCCAGCUAGGGUGAUGUAACUCGUCCAACUCCAAUGAAACAAGUGAGUAGGAGAUUUUCGACGCAAACCAGGGGAAGAAAAGGGAUGGUGUUCGAACGUGCAACUUCGCACCAAUGAACGGAAGAGGCUCGAUCGAAUUAGCAGUCGCAACUCGUCCACAAUUGAGGUGAAUACUCAAUUGAUACUGAGCUCGCUUGAUUGACGGAAUACAAUCCCCUCAAACAA